AUGUUCCAUGUGGUUGUGGACCUAUUGAAGGUUGAAGCUUGUGUCCUUGGUAUUGAAAAAUUAUUUGAGGUAUUUCUAUGCCUGGAGACACAGAAAGUACAAUUGGCCACUUUCACGUUAGAAGAUGAAACGAGAAGAUGGUGGAUGCUAAUUUGUGAUGAUAACAGAGGCAUUGACUGGGCACCGUUUCUUGCACUUUUUUAUGAGAAAUACUUCCCUCAGUGUGUCCGUGAUAGAAAGGUGUCAGAAUUUGAAGGGUUGAAGCAAGGAAAUAUGAUCGUGGCUAAAUAUGAAGCCAAGUUCACCGAAUUGGCUAGAUUCGCCCCACAUAUGGUUGACACUGACUACAAAAAGGCGAGGAAGUUUGAAAACAGUCUUCGCAAUGACAUUCUGGAAAGAGUAAAUGUGCUGAAAUUGCCCACAUAUGUUGAUGUGUUAGACCGAGCCUUUAUGUCAGAAACUAACAUGGCCAAUCGAGGCAAGCCACUUGCCGAUUGGAAGGCUAAAAUGCAAGGCCUUUUCUCAGGAAAGAAAUCAUCAAAGAAACAAAACACGGGUUCUUCGAGCACUUCGGGCUCCACCAGAAAUACGGCGCCAACAUGUACUUAA